AUGGCCUCGUCAACAAAAGGCAUGAGUGAAGAAGAAAAAACUCGUCUGACUUCGCUCUUUCACGCCUACGAUGUGGAUUACUCAGGCUGCAUUGAAAAAGAUGAAUUCUUCACCAUUUGCCAGGAGCUUCACGUCCCGUCCCAGGAGGCAGAAAACAUAUUCACCCGCCUGGACGUCGACAAAGACGGGACGGUGACUUUGGAGGAGUUCAUCAGCGGCUUCAAAGAACGAAACCAGGAGGAGGAAGAGGAGAAUGACAGUGAAGAAGAGGAGGAACACUCCCUAACUGUGGAGACAUUUUCAAAUAGCAAGGAGCAGAUCAUAUCCAGCCAGCCCUCCAUCCCCGGGAUGAGUCUGGAGGAGCGGGACCGGCUGUGCUGCCUCUUUCGAACCUACGACGUGGACAACUCGGGCCGCAUCGAGAGGAGCGAGUUCCUCACCAUCUGCGCGGAGCUGCGGGUGUCCGCCGCCGAGGCCGACCGCAUCUUCGACCGGCUCGACGUGGACCACGACGGCACCGUCACCCUGCUGGAGUUCAUCAGCGGCUUCCACGAGCGCUACGGGGAGGACAUGGAGUCGGACGAGGGGGACGUGUCCUCCGCCGCCUGGGAGCUCUUCGAGGAGCGGCUGGGCGAGCAGGCCAAGUUCAUCCCCAGACAUGAACAGGCAGCGACAUUGUACCAGAACAUCAGCCUGACGGAGCCCAGAAUGAUUCCUCAGUACGAGACCGUCAUCCUGAACUUCACCAAAGAGAUCAAACAGCAAAACUCUGAGAUGGAGAACCUGGCCCUCGCCAUCAAACGAGCGCAGGACCAGGCGUCGAUGCAGCUCAGUGAGAUGGAGGAGGAGAUGGACCAACGCAUUCACCAUGCGGAGAGAAAAACACGGGAGCAGGAGAAGAAGCGAGGAGAGAACGAACUGAACGAGUUACGGAGAGAUUUCGAGACUGAAGUGUGUGAGCUGCAGUGUAAGAUCCAGAGGAUGCAGAUGAUUGAAGAUAAGUACAAGAUCAUCACUGUGAAAGACGAGAGUCCAGCUUUGAAGAAGAAGAUCAGUGAGCUGACACUGGAGAACCAGCGUUUAAGGCAGGACCUGAUGAAAUCUCAGACCAAAGUGGCCUGUCUGCACAGUGACAUGGACUCGCUGAAGACAGAGUUAACCGAUCAAAGCAUCAACUCUGAGCGAGACGAAGAGCUCAUGAAACAUUUCGCCGAUGAGCGUGACAUCCUGGAGAGUCAGAUCGAUAUUCUGCAGACAGCCAACAGGAAGCUCCAUGACAGUAACGAUGGCCUGAGAACAGCUCUGGAGAGGACAUCAAGGUCUGGUAACAUUGCAGAAAUUAAGCAGAGAAGCAGAAGUAAAAGCAUCUGCUACACAUCCCCAUAUGCAUUAAUGGAAAGGUUCGGUCAGCGUACUAUGGACGAACACCCUCUGUUUGAACGGCGGCCCAGCUGUGACACGCUGGCCCUGGCCAUGUGCGACCCGGGCCUGAAGCGCAGGGACAGCAGUGAGUGCGAGGAGGACAGCCUGCCCGAGGUCUACAUGGACAGCGGCCUGUCGACGCUCAGAGGCUCGCACGGAGGCUACGACUCUGAGCAGGAGGUCAAGGGUCAAGAGGAGGAGGAGGAGGAGAGAGAGGAGGCGGAGGAGGAGGAGAGAGAGGAGAAGAAGGUGGAAGACGACAACAAUGACAGCAUGAUGGGAGAAACAUCUGACGUUGAGCCUGCAGACACACAAGACAGUGAAUCAGCAAUCGGGUCGGACAGCAGCUCAGUGUUGGACUGGAAGCUGCCUGAACCCGUUGAGACUUUUACGCCGGCACUGACAACAAGGAAAGCCCUCACCGCCAUCAGUGUUCAGAAGGACCGGGACAGCGUUGACCAGGGCUACAGGUCCUCAGAGAAAGCCUUCAGGAUCGUGUUGGCCGGAGAUGCUGCUGUGGGAAAGUCCAGCUUCCUGCUGCGUCUCUGCAAGAACGAAUUCAAACUUAAUUCCAGCGCAACUCUGGGAGUGGAUUUUCAGAUCAAGACACUAGUUGUAGAUGGAGAGCCUGUUUUACUACAACUAUGGGACACUGCAGGACAGGAAAGGUUUCGCAGUAUUGCAAAGUCUUAUUUCCGGCGGGCUGACGGCGUGUUGCUGCUGUACGACAUCACCUGUGAAAAGAGCUUCCUGAAUGUGAGAGAGUGGGUGGACAUGAUCGAGGACGUGAGUCUGGAGGACAUUCCCAUCAUGCUCGUGGGUAAUAAGUGUGAUCUCAGAGAAAAUGAAGUUAACUGUGUUCCCACCAGCUAUGGAGAAAAACUGGCCAUGACAUACAACACUCUGUUCUGUGAAACUAGCGCCAAAGAAGGCUCCAACAUCCUGGAGGCCGUUCUGCAUCUGGCCAGGCAGGUAAAAGAACAGUCGACCUUAAAUCGAAAGAGUCACUAUCAGUCGCUGCCCAGCCUGGACGCUCCCCGGAAGAAACCAAACUUCUCAUGUUGCACCUGAUCAAACUCCUCAUUUCUGGACCUGCACGUCUGACUUAAUGUGAACUCGAGAAGGAAAACAAAUGCAGAAACCUGACAAAACCGAAAUGAGACGUGAUCUCUGCAACAGGAACAAAUCAUCACCCUCAGUAACCCCAACUAGUUAAUGUUAUAAUGGAUCCAGUGAGCAAAGAGGAUCACAGCAGAAUAUCCACAGCUUCACAUUCAUUUAACAUGUUUGU